CUGAAAAUAAAAAUCGUUAUCAACGAUAAAAAAAUAAACUUAAAAACUAGUCUUUUCUUAGUGCUAUUAAAAGAAUAAAUAUAAAUUGAUAGCAAAAAGUGAAUCUUAUUAACUUAAUAGUGACGUCAUUACAUUCAAAAUAUGGAAGAAAAUUUAUUCGCAACAAAAAACUCGAAGGUGGACAAUCGCGGUGUGGAUAGAUUUGUAUUACCCCGUCACGUAUUGUCUGACAUACGUAUGCGACAACACUAUUAUAAUUCUCUGGAGAAAGUGGACAUUUGGGAUAUAAAGCAUCAGCAACAAAAGAAAUACAAGAACUACCUUACGACGAAGUUAGGUUUAAAACAGCAAUUGAAAUUUCCCAAAGACGAAGUGAGCGAGCAGCCAUGGCCUUGCGUGCCAAGAAAACAAUCAUAUUUAUCGUCGGCUUAUAAUAUUUUGGACCUGCCCCAUUUGAGCUACGCUUUUUAUCCAGAGAUUCUCGACUGGGGUGCGGGCAAUAUCUUAGUAGCAGCUCUGGGCAAGACGUAUCAUAUGUUCAGCUGGCAAAACCAAAGGGUGACAGGUCACGGUUUCUCCCGGUAUAUGAUUAACUGCUGCAAGUUCAAUCCGCAAGGGGAUGUGUUGUUGAUAGGAACAAAUGCUAACUUCAUGGAGCUACACGACAAAACAUGGGUCAAGCGCUCUCCAGAGGCCUACUGUAAGUGUAAAGUGCGCCACUUCAUCUGUGCCAUCACCAGCAUCGAUUGGAGUCCUACCGGCAACUCUUUCGUUGCAGGCUGUUCACGAGGGGCAGUAAGUGCAUUUGACCAAUUUGGGUUCCACUGCAGCCGCUGGAACGGCAAAGGCCGGUCGGUCAUCAUGGCGGUGAGGGUGUCUCCUGACGCUCGUUACGUUGCCGUGGCGUCCAUGAACUCCUCCGUUGUGCAUAUACUAUUGUGGCCGUCUUUGAAGUACUAUUCCAAUUUGGACGUCAAUUGGUUUGUCAAAUCUAUAGUCUGGCAUCCCUGGCGCAGUGCGUUACUGGGAGUGGGCGUAGCAGUCCCCGACUUUCGGACAAUGAUCGUCUUGUGGGAAACCCCGUCGGGUAGACUGAGGCACACGAAUCUCGGAAACUACUACGAAUACAAUUUAGACUGUAUGCUGUUCAGCCACAGGACUGGAGAGAUGGUGCUCAGUUUGUGGAACCCAGCCAGGGAAAUGCAAAAUCCGAAGGCGUCUACACAGUUGGUGGUGAUGAGUGACCCGUCUACGGUAGUCGACCAGUCGGGCAUUGGCCGUGGAGACAUGGAUCGCGUGCAGACCAUGGUCUUUAGCCCUGACGGGACUAAACUGGCGACAGCUACUUCCGACGAAGACUUGUUGAUCUGGAACUUUCUCCCAGAAGAUAAAACUAAAAAGAAAGUAACAAAAUCAAGAAAAUUCUCAACUUUACCGGUCUACAUGGACGCGUUAACGCAAGGAUUUGUUUUACGCUAGAAUGUUUUAAGAAUUUUGUCAAUAGUUAAACAAGUAUUGGUUAA